AUGUCGGCGUCUUAUCUGCCAGAGUUGUUACAUCGCGAUCGCGGUGGGUCGUCGUCAUCGUCGUCAUCGUCGUCAUCGUCGGGCCACCUGGGAUCACACCUCGAAGCGCGCGAGGCCGAACACGCCGGAUUCGACGCACGAGACGCGAACACGCACUACACCUACGACAUGACACUGGCUCUACUCGACGAGGAGAUCGCUUUCCCGGAAGAUGUGCGCCACCUCAAGCCGAUUAUUACACCGCGUCCUCGAUGGGGGCGGUGGGGUCCUCACCGUUGCUGGACGAUCGGUGGAACCGUCGUGCUGUUGGGACCCCUUCUUUUGGCCCUAUUUCUUAUGUCAGUUCAUAAAGCUCAGUAUACUCUGGUCUCCUCGUCCAAAUUUUUGAACAACGGAGCCCAACCUUUGGGACAAAAAAGCAGAAAUGGGUACUUGGGCGAUCCCGAAAACCGCUGGGCCCAUGUUUCACCACCCUCCAACAAAGUAUCGCCUCACCUAGCGGCGGACAUACAAGGCGCUUAUCCCAACAAGGGAGCUAAACAUUUGAAACCCAUCCCCCCGAGCACGCAAGACCCAUGGUCUCACAUGCCACCGAGCUGGAAGGGACGGGGCUGGCUUGCCGAGUCGCGCUUCGCGGCCGAGAAAGGAGCCGCGUCUCUCCCCGAACAAGUCCGCCCGCCCGCUCGACAUCUGGCCAGCGCCUUCAAAUACUUUCACGCGGCCACAGAACAAGUCGUCAAUUAUGGCCGUGAGACGCGAUUCGGCCCGGAGACGGGCCGACUUCUGCAAGUCCCGUUGAGUGAGCUCAAUUUGCUGCACGAAGGCUUACACGAGCCCAUCCUCAACGUCGGCAACUUGGAAAAGGGGGACAUGCCCGGGGGGGAACACAAGCGUCCCAAGGUCCAGUACACCGGAAGGAUAGAUAUGUCGGACGAACGGGUGCACGAAGAGGGGCACCGUCGUGAGUGGGUCAAGAGAGCGUUCCUGCACGCCUGGGAAGGCUACAAGACCCAGUGGGGUCACGAUGAGGUCAAGCCUGUGUCGGGAGGGUCGACGGAUCACUUCAACGGGUGGGGUGCGGUCAUCAUCGACAGCUUGGAUACCUUGCUUAUCAUGGGCCUGAACGAAGAGUACAACUUGGCCCGCGAACAUGUCUCGGCCGUCGAUUUUUCUUACACCAUCUUCAGCGGUACCGACUCGAACGCCAAGUCCCCACCCAAGGCCCCCGAGUUGGAGAAGUUGGUGCUCCCCACCCAGCGGGAGCCUCCUCUCCCGAUGUCAAGUUUAUACGGCUUCCCGCUGCGGCAUAGCAUGUCCUAUUUCGAAACGACGAUUCGGUACCUAGGCGGCCUCAUCUCAGCGUACGACCUCUCUGGCGAUCCACUGAUGCUCAAUCGCGCCACCGAAUUGGGGACCUGGAUGGUUGCUGGCCUCAACACCAACUUCGCGGUACCUAACAACAAUUUUUUCCUCGGCGAGAACCCUUCCGACUCCUUCCACUCGACCGCCUGGCUGGCAGAGGUGGGGACCCUCUCACUCGAGUUCACUCGACUGAGCAUGAUCUCCGGUGACGAGACCUACUACCAGGCGGUCCAGAGGACGACCAACAAGCUGAACGAAGUCAGCACCAAAGGUCCCAGUCACCUUUUGCCGAUGUCCGUCAACGUGGCUUCGUCAGGUCCCGAAGUAGGCACGGUCUCUUUUGGUGGCUGCUCGGAUUCAUACUACGAGUACCUGGUGAGUUAGCUUGGGGGCAAACUUUUCGGCACAGCUUGUCUCGUACGAGUGAUCGGCGCGCGAUCCAUUGGUUGACUUGAUGUGCUCCAACUUCAUAGAUCAAAAUGGCACAUUUACUCGGCGACUACGAUAACGGGCAAUACGCUCGUAUGUACAAGGACGCGAUAGACGCGGCCUACGGGUCCAUCAUCCGACCCGUCGGAGUAGUGCCCGAUCACCCCAACCUCAUCAACAUCGGCGACAACAACUCCCGCGGAAGCAACUACGUGCCAAAAUUGGAACACCUCACAUGUUUCGCCGGAGGUAUGCUGGGUUUAGGAGCCAAGUUACUCGCGCGCGAAAAAGAUUUGGAAACGGGGGAAGCGUUCACGGAGACGUGUCAGUGGGCCUACGAGUCAAGCCCUACGGGUCUGAUGCCCGAAAACCUGCUCUUCUUCCUACCCGACGAUCCCGCCUUACCUCAAACGAAAGAAGGGCUCGGUCAACCGCCGGCAGGUAUUCAACAAAGCGAUACUUCCUACAUCGGUCGACCGGAAACGAUCGAGUCCGUUUUCUACAUGUGGCGCAUCACAGGAGAUCGGGUGUGGCAAGAUCGAGGUUGGCGCAUGUUCGUCGAUUGGGUGUCCCACUCGAUCGCCGAGUUCGGUUUCGCGGGGUUGGUGAAUGUCAAUGACGCCAGUGAUGUGGAACGUCGGGACUCACAGGAAUCGUUCGUGCUGGCCGAGACGCUCAAGUAUUACUACCUCUUGUUCGCGGAUCGUGAGCACAUCUCACUUGACGAUUACGUCUUCAAUACCGAGGCCCACCCUUUCGCUUUGCCGCCGCGUGGUCGAGGUCGGCCCAAGAAACUUUGGAAGGGCGCGAAGGUGUCCCCCGAAGAGUCGGCUCGUGGACAAGGCACCGUCGUCCAAUUGUGGGACAGAAUCAAACAAGUCGCCAAGUUCAAUGCGAACAUUGAAUGA